AUUAGUUAAAGAAGUAUAUUAGUGCUAAUUUCUCUAUUCAUCCUGCCUUUUUUUUCAACCCCACAAGCCCUUGGCACAAUGAAGUGGGUAACUUUUAUUUCCCUUCUCUUUCUUUUCAGCUCUGCUUAUUCGGGGAGUGUGUUUCGUCGAGAUGCACACAAAAGUGAGAUUGCUCAUCGGUUUAAAGAUUUGGGAGAAGAACAUUUCAAAGGCCUGGUGCUGAUUGCCUUCUCUCAGUAUAUCCAGAAGACCCCAUUUGAAGACCUUAUAAAAUUAACAAAAGAAGUAACUGAAUUUGCAAAAACAUGUGUUGCUGAUGAGUCGGCUGAAAAUUGUGGCAAGUCUCUUCAUACCCUUUUCGGAGAAAAAUUGUGUGCAGUUGCAUCUCUUCGUGACACCUAUGGUGAGAUGGCUGACUGCUGUGGCAAACAAGACCCUGAGCGACACACGUGCUUGCUGAAAUACAAAGAUGAUAACCCAAACCUCCCACGGCUGGUGGCACCAGAGGCUGACACACUGUGUGCUGACUUUCAGGGAAACACAGAGAAGUUUCUGGGAUUAUACUUAUAUGAAAUUUCCAGAAGACAUCCUUACUUUUAUGCCCCAGAACUCCUUUACUAUGCUAAAUUAUAUAAAACAACUUUGACAGAAUGCUGCCAGGCUGCUGAUAAAGCUGCCUGCCUGACACCAAAGAUAGAGACUUUGAGGAAUAAAGUACUGUUCUCAUCUGCCAAAGAGAGACUGAAGUGCUCCAGUCUCCAAAAAUUCGGAGAGAGAGCUUUCAAAGCAUGGUCUGUAGCUCGCCUGAGCCAGAAAUUUCCCAAAGCUGAGUUUACGGACAUUUCCAAGCUGGUGAACGAUUUUACCAAAGUCCACAAGGAGUGCUGCGAAAGCGACCUGCUUGAAUGUGCAGAUGACAGGGCGGAUUUGGCCAAGUAUAUAUGUGAAAAUCAAGAUUCAAUCUCCACUAAACUGAAGGAAUGCUGUGAAAAGCCUCUUUUGGAAAAAUCCCACUGCCUUUUGGAGGUGGAAAGAGAUGACUUGCCUAGUGACCUGCCCCCAGUAGCUGCUACCUUUGUUGAAGAUAAGGACGUCUGCACAAACUAUAAGGAGGCGAAAGAUGCCUUCCUGGGCAUGUUUUUGUAUGAAUAUUCAAGAAGACAUCCUGAAUACUCUGUCUCAUUGUUACUGAGACUCGCCAAGGUAUACGAAGCUACCCUGGAGAAGUGCUGCGCCACCGCCGAUGCUCACGCGUGCUAUUCCAAAGUGCUUGAUGAAUUUAACCCUCUUGUGGAAGAGCCAAAGGCUUUAGUCAAACAGAAUUGUGAACUUUUCGACAAGAUUGGAGAGUAUGGCUUCCAAAAUGAGCUCAUAAUUCGUUAUACCAAGAAAGCACCCCAAGUGUCAACUCCAACUCUUGUGGAUGUCUCAAGAAAACUAGGAAAAGUGGGCACCAAGUGUUGUAAGCUUCCUGAAUCAGAAAAAUUGGCUUGUGUUGAAGACUUUCUCUCUGUGAUCCUGAACCAGUUGUGUGUGCUGCAUGAGAAGGCACCAGUGAGUGAGAGAGUUGCCAAAUGCUGCACAGAAUCAUUGGUGAACAGACGGCCAUGCUUUUCUGCUCUGGAAGUAGAUGAAACCUAUGUUCCCAAAGAAUUUAACGCUGAAACAUUCACCUUCCAUGCAGAUGUAUGCACACUUCCUGAGAAUGAGCAACAACUCAAGAAACAAACUGCUCUUGUUGAGCUGUUGAAACACAAGCCCAAAGCAACUGAGGAAAAACUGAAAACUGUUCUGGGAGAUUUCACAGCUUUUCUACAGAAGUGCUGCGCAGCUGCUGACAAAGAGGCCUGCUUUGCUGAGGAGGGUCCAAAACUUGUUGCUACAAGUCAAGCUGCCUUAGCCUGAAAAGAGCACAGUCACAGGCACCUCAGCUCACUCUGGAAGAAAGAGAAAUGAAGACCCAAAGCUUAUUCAUCUGUUUUUCCUUUUGUUGGGUGUAAAACCAACAACCUAUCUAAAAAACAUACAUUUCUUUAAGUAUUUUGCCUUCUUUCUCUGUGCUGCAAUUAAUUAAAAAUUUAAAAAUCUAA